AUGGCUGAUUCUAGGGAACCAAUCCGCGUUAUGAUGUGGUCGGCACCAAGAUGUAUGUCAACGGCAAUCGAACGUUCUAUCCUCACUUCAGAAGACGCUGAGGUUUUCAAUGAGAUGUACUGUGCAGUCCAUCACUUUGGUCCGUGUUCGUCACAUUUUCCAAUUCGACUCUCUCCGUACUUCUCCUACCAAUGGGUCAAGGAUGAACUCGAGAAAAAUUACCCGGGUAAGAACGUAGUUUUCGGCAAAGAUUUUGCAUACGCUCUUGACGGAGACUAUAGAUCCUUACCGAAAGGAUUUACUCAUACCAUUUUAAUUCGCAAUCCAAAUUCUGUCUUUAACUCUAUGAAACGUGUAAUUAAGAAGUCGCUUUUUCUGAGGUGGUUUUCAAAUAGAAUAGAAACGCACUUUCCAGAUACCUUGCUGUUUAAACACCUUUGGGAUCUAUAUACACACGCAAGAGACAAUCUUCAGCAGACUCCCAUUGUCAUUGACGCCGAUGACUUUGCGAAAAACCCAGAAGCAAUGAUGCAAUUAUACUGCCACAAGACAGGAAUACCGUUUAGAAAAUCGAUGCUAAAAUGGAAGCCAACAAAUAUAUGGAGUAUAAACUGGCACUGUUCCUAUGCACUGAGUUUCGCUGGUUGGUGGCUAGGUUAUUAUACCAGUCUUUUGUCGAGCUCUGGAUUUCGGCAAUCGAAAAAAACUGAUGAUUUUGUUGAACUUGAUGCAACAGACGAUGAGGCACGCCGGCUGGCGUCGAAAAAUAUGAAGUAUUACGAUAUGCUCUAUGCUAAUAGACUGGUGUUACAUGAUCAAUGUCUUUAA